UACCAUUCAAGUAAAACCACAGUAAGCAACGGAUCUCUUGCAUCUAUUUAAACUAUUAACUGUAAUUAAAAAUUAAAGUGUUUUUUAAGUUUCCAUACAUUCGAAUAUUUAACGAAAAUUUAAAUUCUCGUGUGAGAUCAAAUUCCAAGUAAUAAUUACAGUCGAUUCGAAAAUGGCAAUUCUGCCAACAACGAUGCACCCUAACUGGUGGGCAGAUGAAGAUUUUGGUGCCCUAAGCCUAGGUCCAUAUUUGAAUAAUACUCACGGCAUUCGACACGACGAUGUUUUGGCUCCGCAUAUGCCAUUUGCGCCUCCACAUAUUAUGCAACGGCAUUUGCAUCAAAGAGGAAUGUUAAAAUCGAUGUAUGCGAGGCCAUGGCUACGGAAUAGCGAUGCAUCAAAUAUAGUUUCUACUGUCAAGGCAGAAAAGGAUCAGUUUCAUGCAGUUCUAGACAUGCUGCAUUUCAUGCCCGAUGAAAUAACCGUAAAAGUCGUUGACAAAUUUGUCUUGGUCGAAGGUAAGCAUGAUGAAAAACAAGACGAACACGGAUGGAUUUCCAGACGUUUCUCCAGAAAAUACCAGGUUCCGGAAGAGUACGACCUUCACGAAGUCAAGUCCAGCCUUUCAUCGGACGGCGUUUUGACCAUUACAGCCCCCAGGAAAUACGAUCCAAAGCAUCAUCGGGAGAAACAUAUCAGUAUUGAAGUAACUGGAAAACCUGUGGCUCGCGAAAUUUUAGAGGCCAUGAAUGAAGAGAAGAAGCUAGAAAAAAAAUAAAAAUUUUAUAAUUAAUUUCAAUUCAAUUUGUUCUAAAGUCAUUCCUUUAUAAGUAUGUGCUUCAUAUGAUCUUAUGUUCGUAUUGAUGGUUCAAAGGAUAUGUUUAAAUUAAUUAGAAAUUAUUGUUGAUUUUUUUGUUAUAAUAUUUAAAAUAUAGUCUACGUUUUAUAAAAUAAACAAUACAAUAAA